UGGAAUCACCCACGUUUUGUUUACAUCAGGGAGAAGACUGCUAUUAUCCAAUCAUCAGGACACAGAUUUUAAAAUUAUUCAGUAUUUUGAAAGUUCAAACCAAAUUUGAAUUAAUCCGACAUAAAUCAUCCUGAAUCACCAUGUCCACUCGAUGGUAUCCCAUCUACCAGCGAGGCAAUCCGCAAUUACGGGUAUUUUUGCCAAACUUCUGGAUGAAAUUGGUCCGGCCGGAACACGAGCAGCCCCCAAAUGUAGUGCAGUUUGCGUGCUCGAUGGAAAUGACCAAAUAUGACGUGAAAAACUAUCUGGAAAAGGUGUACAAUAUCCCGGUUGUUGACGUCCGGACUCGGAUAGGCAUGGGAAAGACCAAGCGGGACAUGAUCAUGGGGUAUAUUUCCAAAAACGAGGACACCAAACUGGCUUAUGUUACGCUGCCGAAAGAAGUGAAAUUCGAUUUUCCGGACAUUUUUCCGUCAGAUGCCAAGCAACAAAUAGAGGAUGAUAAGAAAUCGCUGGACGAAGCCAAGCAAAAUCACAAAAAAUAUCUCGAAAAGAAUAAGCACCGACCCGGCACGCCUGGCUGGUUUACAAUUUAAGAUUGUGGAAUUCAGUUUUUAUUUCAAUUAGUUUAAUGAGUUAAAAGAGAAAAAAAAAACAAUUCAACCAA